AUCAUCAUCUGCAUCACUGAAGGAGGAGAGAGAGCAUCUUUCAUGAUCCUGCGCUACCUAGCCUCUCUAUCAACAAACCCCGGGCCUAACAGCAGAUCUACCCGCAUAUCACACAUCACAUCAUGGAUAACUCCGGCAAAGAGAAGGAAGCCAUGCAGCUGAUGGCGGAGGCGGAUAAAAAAGUCAAAUCAUCUGGUUCAUUUCUCGGAGGGAUGUUCGGGGGUAAUCAUAAAGUAGAAGAUGCAUGUGAAAUGUAUGCAAGAGCUGCCAACAUGUUCAAGAUGGCUAAAAACUGGAGUGCUGCAGGAAAUGCGUUUUGCCAGGCCGCAAGACUUCACAUGCAGAUGCAGAACAAACUGGACUCGGCCACCAGCUUUGUUGAUGCAGGAAAUGCUUACAAGAAGGCAGAUCCUCAAGAGGCUAUCAACUGUUUAAACGCAGCCAUCGAUAUUUACACAGACAUGGGAAGGUUCACGAUCGCCGCAAAGCAUCACAUGACCAUAGCAGAGAUUUAUGAAUCUGAGCUUGUGGAUAUUGAAAAGGCAAUUGCCCAUUACGAGCAGGCCGCAGAUUAUUACAAAGGAGAGGAGUCAAACAGCUCCGCCAAUAAAUGUCUGCUGAAGGUGGGCUCAUACAGCGCCCAGCUGGAGCUGUACCCCAAAGCCAUUGAGAUCUUUGAACAGGUAGCAGGCAGCACGAUGGAUAAUCCUCUGCUGAAAUACAACGCUAAAGAGUAUUUCUGGAAAGCAGCUCUGUGUCACUUUAUAGUGGAUGAAUUAAAUGCUAAGCUUGCCAUUGAGAAAUAUGAAGGAAUGUUUCCUGCGUUCUCUGACUCAAGAGAAUGUAAGCUGUUGAAAAAACUUCUGGAGGCUUAUGAGGAGCAGAACUGUGAGGCAUUCACUGAGGCAGUGAAGGAGUUUGAUUCGAUCUCUCGUCUAGACCAAUGGCAGACCACGAUGCUGCUGCGUAUCAAGAAGACCAUUCAGGGUGAUGCCGGAGACCUAAAGUGAUGUGUCUCAGAGAAACCAUCUUAUGUGGCAUCUUAUUCAGUUUCAUUUCUUACCGUACUGUAUGUGUGUGACAAUCCGGUGUGACGUUACCGUAGCUCAAAUAUCAACCUGAUACCAGUUUGUUCAGAAAUGUUCACAGGUAAUUUACAUUGCAGGUUUAAGGCAUUUAGAAAAUCUAUGAUGUUGAUAUAUUGUUAGCUCACUGGGUCACAAGGUAUAAAAAAGACAUUUCUUUGUCCCUUUACUUCACCAAAACGAAAACUUUAUUGUACACCUUUGUUUAUACCUGUGCGUGGCAUGAAGAGUCUGCGGAUCUCUCUGUUGUUCGCCUAAAUGUUGUCAUGCACGAUAAAUGUUGUAAGUGUGUUAGUGUGGUGUUUAAUAUCAGGAUAUUGUGAGUGCACUUUAUUUCAGAGCUUAUCAAAUGUCUGUUUAGAUGGGAAACACGCUGCUUUUUAUUGGUUUUUAAACAUUUUUUGUGCCAUUGGUCUCGAAAAUGCAUCUUUACUUGUAUUGUCAAUACAUACGUGUCAGUUCAGUCUGAAUAUUUGCUUUAGUUGGUGAAUCAGUCAGACAUUUUGCUUUUUCACUCAUGUUUAUUACGGUACUCACUAAUGGUGUUAAAGUGAUCUGCUAUUAUCAUCUCAAAUCACAGAAAGCUUUGAUUCUCUAAUGAUGAUUCUUUUAUAGAACUUAAAAUUCUGUGCUUAGAUACAGUGUUGUUUCAUACAUAUAUUGAAACAUAAAAAAGAUUUUUGGAGACUAAUGUAAGAGUUUAUUGUUUAAGUCAUCUAUGGUGUCUGAUUUACAGUAUCAAAGCAUUUCAUAUGUCGUAUGACUGUCUGAGAAUCACAAAUGGAAGUUUAAAAUGGCAAAAAAUUCAUCAAUGUUCUAUUUAAUUCAAUGAGAAAUAAAUAAAUUAUCAUCUA